AUGACUUCAUUGGACAAUCUCCGUGAAGGCUUUAAUUCAAGUAUUGGAUCACCUGUUUCAUUCUUCCUCUCUGGGAUUCCUGGCUAUGAGAAUUUUAAUCUACUCAUUUCCAUCCCUUUUUGUAUGCUAUACCUGAUUGGAAUUGUGGGCAAUUGCACUAUUUUGCAUGUCAUCCGCACAGACAAGAGUCUCCAUGAGCCCAUGUAUUACUUCCUGUCCAUGCUGUCUCUCACUGACAUAGGCAUGUCUUUCUCUACCUUACCCACGGUUCUGAGAGUCUUUUGGUUUGAUGCUAGGGAGAUUGGAAUCAAUACCUGUAUAGUUCAGAUGUAUUUUAUUCACACUUUUUCGCUGAUGGAGACAGCUGUGCUCCUCGUCAUGGCAUUUGAUCAGUAUGUUGCCAUUUGUGACCCUUUGAGAUAUUCCAGCAAACUCACUCCAAAGCGCAUUAUCUGCAUGGGGGCAAUCACUGUAAUCAGAUGCUCUAUUGUCAACCCUGUCAUUAUUGCUCGUAUUCCUACAUUUACCUAUUGUCGUUCCCAUGUUCUCUCCCACUCUUUCUGUUUGCACCAAGAUGUCAUCCACUUGGCCUGUUCUGAUAUUUCUUUCAAUAUUUACUUUGGCUUGUUUAUUAUUGUUUCUUACUGGGGUUUAGAUUUUCUAGGAAUCGUUAUAUCUUAUGCUUUUAUCCUCCACUCUGUGUUGGGCAUUGCAUCUGAGGGAGGCAAGCUCAAAGCCCUUAACACAUGUGUUUCUCACAUUUGUGCUGUGCUCAUUCUAUAUGUACCAAUGAUAGGGCUAUCUCUAGUACAUCGCUAUGCAAAACAUUCCUCCCCCAUCAUUCACAUAACUAUGGCCAACAUUUACCUGCUUGUCCCACCUGUACUAAACCCAAUUAUUUAUAGCAUCAAGACAAAGCAGAUACGACAAAGGAUCUUAAGGAUAUUAACAGGUGAAAAAAUGGGGCAAAAUCAGACUUAG